AUGGAACCCCCUGGUCCCCCAGAUCUUGAGGCUUUUAUCAGGACGAAUGAAUACCACUUCGAUCGCAUCCCUCUAUACUCACCUGCCUCGCACAACCUCACCGGGGCAGAAAGAGAAGCAUUGAUCCAACUCAAGGACAUGCCUCAGGUCGUUAUAAAACCCGCAGACAAAGGAUCUGCCAUAAAUGGUCAGCAGACGGUUGGUGAAAAUAUAGCCGACAACGGAGGGUUAAAGGCUGCUUAUAGUGUUUGGUGCAGCAUUGCGACCAAGGAGACCUACCAUUUACAGUUAGUCAGUGAUGCACACACACCAGCUCAGUAUAGGGUGAUUGGUUCGCUCUCCAAUUCUAAAGAAUUCGCACAACACUAUAGCUGUCCGUCAGGCACCCCCAUGAAUCCUGUGAAAAAAUGUGAGGUGUGGUGAGGUGGCGAGAUACACUUGUAUUAUACUUGCGGUAAAGAUGUAAAAAGGGGAAAGUGGAAAGAGGGAAGAGGGAAGUUGAAAAUGGAAAAAUAUUGAUAUCUGAGGAAAGGCCAGGUGGUGAUUUUCAGCAACGGGUAGCAGAUGAUCAAUGAUCGAUUUUAAAACAAGCCUGACAAGUCAGCCUCUUGUAGCUACGUUUACUGCCAGUACCUUGGGUACAAAGCUUGAAACUGCAUUGUAGGCAUUAGGGUUUUAAGAGUCGAGGGGAUCAAUGAAGGUUUAUCUACCUGGGGGGG